GUUACUGUGAGCUACCAGAUAGAGGAGCGUCGAAAAAGACAUCCUGCAACUGAUGUGUGGACAUAUGUCAGCGAGAUAUUGACUAACAGGCAUGGAAAAGUCCGCAGGGGUAUUCAAACCGUGUACGAAACACGCUAUGAAACCAUUGAGGAAUGUUGCCAUGGAUGGGCUCGUGUGGGGGAUACAUGCACAGCGACCUGUUCUGAGACCUGUGGUGACCAUGGCAGCUGUACUGCACCCGACACCUGCACAUGUGAUACAGGCUACACCGGCAGACUCUGCAAUGAAGAUCUGGACGAGUGUGUGGCCGAUAACGGCGGCUGUGACCAACACUGUGUCAACUCUGUGGGAUCGUACCACUGCAGCUGUGAUGACGGGUACAAUCUUCUCAACGGGAGGACUUGCAGGGAGGUUGUUUGCAGGAUGCCGGUAGACCUUGUUUUCCUGCUGGACGGAUCGGGGAGCAUCACGGCACCAAACUUCGAGAUAACCAAAAGUUUCGUCCAGAACACAACGAGCGACUUUCAAAUCGGUACCGCCCAUACGCAAGUCGGCGUAGUCCAGUACGAGGACAAUCCAUACGACGAAUUUCCCUUGAACCAAUAUGCGACUUUGGAUGAGCUUCUAACAGCCAUUCGAAAUAUAACGUAUCGAGGUGGGGGUACUCAAACUGGUAAAGCCAUUGACCACGUGGUCGACAACAGUUUGACGGAAAGUCAUGGUGCGCGCCCGGGUGUACCGAAGGUUGUGAUAGUGGUGACAGAUGGACAGUCGUGGGACAGUGUUGUGGCACCAGCUCAGAGGGCGAACCAUAGCGGGAUCAUAAUGGUAGCCAUUGGUGUCGGAUCAGGCUAUGACAUAAAUGAGUUGAUGGAAAUCGCCUCAUCGAAUGACACACUCGGAACUGUGACAGACUUUGCACUACUGGAGAGGCUGAAAGAAGACAUUCUGCCCACAGUCUGUGAACAAAUCCCCGAUGUCGAUGAGUGUAACCAGAUAGACAAGGGCGGUUGUGCUCAGAACUGCCACAACCUACAUGGCUCCUACUAUUGCACAUGUAACGACGGAUACACACUGGCUGAGGACAAGCAUUCUUGCGAUGACAUUGACGAAUGCCCGGCUCCAGGCUGCCACUUCUGCACGAACGUACCCGGAUCCUACCGAUGUACCUGCCCAGGAUAUCACAGGCUGGUCAACGAGAAGGACUGCAGAGAUGAGGACCUUUACCCAUACGGCGAGGAGGUCGGAAAGAGUCAGGUAAAAUGGGACUACAGAGCCUGCAUGAAGAGAGAACUCCCUGCCGAAGGCUUUCGGUUCUUUGGUCAGCGGCACCACAACAUACAUGUAUGCCACAACGGGAUAGUCGCAUUCACCAAGAUCCGGCCACCAGUUUGGCCGACCAAGCUCACAGACAAGCAGUGGUGGAAGACUCCCGCGAUAGCCCCGUUUCUCGCAAAGUCUCGUCCUUACGUCUCGCGAGACAUUUACGAGAGUAGACGUGGCAAGAUAUACUACGAGAUCUUCGAAAAAGGUGAUGGAAAUCCGAACACUACCACCAUCAUUGACAAAGCCCGGGACUACGGGAGGUCUGCAAGAAAAUUUAAGAACCCAGGGUAUGAACCCGUGUGGGUUCUUGUUAUCACUUGGACAAACAUCGCCCCCGACUGCACAACGUUCGCGAAGGGACAAUGUCCAGUUGACAAGAAUAAUCUGCCCUUAAACCGAUUCCAGCUCGCCCUGUCAACAGACGGACAAUACUCGUAUGCUACUUUUGUCUACCCAGCAAAGACCAUUCAAUGGGCAUCCCCAGACGAACUUCAGCCAUUUGGGAACAAGUUUCCAGCGGCCAUCGCCGUGGCAGGGUACAACGCAGGAGACGGCACCAACGCCGUUGACCUCGACGAGAGUGGAACGAUGAAGAUGAAGCGAUUGGGAGAAGCCAGAAAUGGAGGCAUCUGGACCUUCGCGCUGCAGCAUCAAACCGGUGACACGGUACCUGACCAGCACAUUGUGAAAUGCUCUCAGUGGUUCCGAGCACAGGAAAUUCCAGACCCCACUAAGUUGGUGGGAUACCCAGCCCUGCCGGGACCCUACUCCUGUCCUUGUACUGCCGAGCAAGCACACUACGACAACACAUAUAAGGACUUUCGGCCAGUUCCCUGGAAAAUGGAACGAAGAUGCGUGGACAGCAGGAGGAGAAUCCAUUCCUUCGUGGACUCCAAACGCUACAAGCUUCGCCGUACCUGCUGCUACAGCCAUUCCUAUUGGCGGAGCGAAUGGCGUAGGGGUUGGUUCCGGUGGAGGAUCAGGGGCGGAAGCCUUCUCACGGGUCAUAAGGGUGGACAUUUGUUUAUGGGAGAUGACAAGACCGUUGAUGAGGAAGCUUACCAUCAGUGCUGUGUGAAGUCUGCUGGAGCACGUAACGGCUGGUACUGCCAGAGGUUCGCUCAGCUGCGACCGUUGUCUGUGCCUACGAACUACGGCAACCCCUGCAAAAACUACCCAAUAAACAUCGGGUGGAUCCGAGCGUGGGGAGAUCCACACAUAACAACUUUGGACGGUACACAGUACACGUUUAACGGCAUGGGAGAGUAUGUUCUACUGGACAUAGACGAUGGAGAGUACCAGUUCCAAGCGAGGACCUCCCCGGUACAAGAACAUUUGGGAGCGACGGUGUUCUCGGCUCUAGUCGUCCAACAUCGGAACCACUCUGCAAUCCAACUCGAACUCGUGGGGACAUCAGACAUGCAGCUCUACAUCAACAGGUCCUGGGCCGACAUGAGUCUCUUCGAGCUGGAGGAUUAUGAGAUGGAUGUAGAUGACAACGCUGUUAUCGCGAGAACAGGAAACAACUCCUUGUUGAUCGUGUUUGUCAGUGGGAUAUCCGUCAAAGCCACGGCUGAAAAGGCAAUGUUGUUCUUUGAGUUCACCCUGCCACCAGAGUUCAUGAACAAGACCAAAGGUCUGCUAGGACGGUGGGACAGGGACAAGUCAAACGACUUCGAGGCGUUUGAUGGCACUGUUCUGCCGGCAGACGCAUCAGAACGGGAACUCUACAGCUUUGGCACAUCAUGGCAAAUCACAGAGGAAGACGGCCCAAAGACAUCCCUAUUCUAUUACAAGGCCGGAGAGGGGGUGGAGACUUUCAGGAACGACUCGUUCCAGCCGACAUUCACGGGUGAGAUCAUCUUCAGCGACCCCGACAUGAAGCAAAGGGCCAUAGCCGUCUGUGGUAACGUCACUUCCUGUCUCUAUGACGUCAGCAUGACGAAUGACAUCGAAGUAGGGGAGGUGUCAGUCAAGAUCAGUGACAGCCACCGGGAGGCGGUCGAAGGCAGAGACAAGUUCCCUCCAACUGUCGAAGGACCAGAAUCCCUCCAUGUGACCACUGGGGAACUCCUUCACGUGACCUUGACAGCAAACGACUCAAAGGGCCUCAACACAACAUUUGACCUUGAAGAGGCACCUGUAGGAGUGUCUCUCGUGCAGGGAUACGAUGAGGCUGUCCUAAAGAUAAAUGUUACGUCGACAGAACCUUUCAAUGUUAAGGUGACCGUCAGUAACUCAGACAACAGCACGGCUCUGUACUGGCCUGUAGUCUACCUGUGUUCCUGCUUCAACGGAGGGUACUGCAACGACAGCUAUGAUCCGGACUCUUCUUUCGUCGGCAGUGAGGCAAGGUUCUACCAGCAACUGUGCAUCUGCAAAGAUGGGCUUUCGGGAGACCAAUGUGAAACAGACAUCGACGCAUGCGCCGCGAACUUUGCCCCAUGUUUCCUAGGAGUCAACUGCACGGACCUGCCUCCACCGGCUGGCGUAGACGGGUACGAGUGUGGGGAAUGCCCGGACGGGUACACUGGAAAUGGCACUGUAUGCCAAGAUAUCGACGAAUGUGAGACUGACGAAGGGUCUCAGUGCCAUCACAUCUGUGUCAACUUCGUGGGAAACUUCACCUGCACAUGUAACAAUGGUUACUACCUAUCCGACGACGGCUUCUCUUGCAAAGACAUCAAUGAAUGUGAGCUGCCAAACAACUGCAGCCAACUCUGCACCAACACAAAUGGAUCUUUUGCCUGCGCCUGUCAGGAAGGGUUCGUCCUGGAACCUGACGGGGAAUAUUGUCAACCCGAAGAUCCCUGUGGAAGUGACAAAGACCCCGGAUGUAGCAAUGCCACAAGCUGGUGCACCGUGAACACCACCGGGCAUGCGCAGUGUGUCUGUCUCAGAGGGUUCGAGAUAGGCGAGGACGGUGUCACUUGUAUAGACAAAGAUGAAUGCGCAACUGGCGAAAACCACUGUGACCAAGUUUGUGAGAACACACCUGGAUCGUACGGCUGUCUUUGUGAGGACGGCUACAUUCUAACUGACGACCCAGUUCGACCUUGUCAAGAUAUCGACGAAUGCUACGAAGGCACAUACAACUGCACUGGGAACGAGAACUGUCUGAACGAGCCGGGAACGUACUCCUGCGCCUGCGCACCGGGCACAUUCCUACAAGGCGACAUCUGCGCACCAGAACUUAUUGUGGUGUCAGUGAGUACAUUGCCUUCAUCCACUGUGACCACAACCGUCAACACCGAGGACCGCAUAGAAGACAGCACUGUGGUGUUGGAAGUGGCCAUGGACGUCCCCGAGUUCCAGUUCACGGCGGAAAGCGACAAGCAACUCAUGGCGACUGUUGCAGCUGUGCUGACUUCCUUCUGCACACGUCACGCAAGGGAAUACCCAGCGUGUGCAUCCACUACAGCGAGCAGGGUGACAUUUACCGAGGCCGACGUCCACAUGCCAACGCGCUUCCCACGGGCAGCGGGCGAUAGGAUGCUUCUGGGUCUCUACGUUACCUACCCGGAUAACAUGCACGUCUUCCCCGGGCACAUCCUUCUUUCAGCCUUACAGCAGCACAAGACGGACAUCGAGGAAACCCUUGGAUACAACCAGGUGCUCACCAUGGCUCUGCUCAACACGUACGUCAUGAACGAAGGCUACACUCUGCCGCCGUCGGAAGGAGGUAGCUCUGCUCGUGCGCCGAAUGGAGAGGAGUCAGGGGAGUCAUUCUACCCCGGGAUGGGAGCGGUGCUCGGAGGGGGUGCCGUCUGUCUCGUCGGCGUGUUGGUCCUGGUCGCGCUCCUGUACAGGUGCAAGAGGAUCCAGUCAAAGGUAUCAGACUUGCCCAGGGGUGAACAAUUUCAGGAGCCCCGCGAAAAGGACAUCCAAGCCGUAGACAGUCCUACGAGUUGGUAGAAAGGAGAAGGAUGUACAUGCUGUUAACCACUGUAGCCAUCGUAAAAGGAAUAUGUGGAUAUUGUUAAAAUUGAGUUUUUUUAAAUUAUAAUAUGUUUUGUUGGCAUUUGAACACAACUGCUUUAAGAGGUUUUCGCUAAGCUACUAUACAUAUUUCAGGUUGACAUGUUGAAUUUGAGCGCUCUUAUUGAUAAUCCAUUGGCAUCCAUUGUUAGCUGUGAUCUGCCUUUUAGUGCACCUCAAAGUGCAAUUCAAAGAUUUGAAUAUAAUUAGCAUGAUGGUAAUUCAAACAAUUAAACCGCUUGUUAUGACUGCCUUUCUUUUAUGCAUGUAUACCCAAUGUUAACAUAAUGGUGGUGUGUAUAUGGUUUGAUUUGUACUUAGUCGUUUUGAAGUAACCAAGAAAUGUGUAGCUCUUAUAAAAAGUCACAGAAUAAAAAGGGUGUUCCAUUAUGAAUAUCAGUGAACGAAUAUUAAACGAAUAACUCACACAUUUAAGGAGACAAUGUCUAGACUGUGUACGCAGCAUCCGCCCCUACUUGGUCAGUUAAAAACAAUGCAUACAUUCUGUAGUUUAUUACAUGUUAGAAAUAAACGAGCUCCAUGUCUCUG